GAAAAGGAAAUUUCAUCGUAUUCUUUUCUUUUAUUUCACUCCUCAGACCUAACAAGAUUUCAAGAAUAUAAACAAUACAGACAAAUCUUUUUUGAUACUUAUGUUGUAUAUAUAUAGAUACACACAAUUUAGGAUUUUGGAUGCCGGGGCUUGCUCAGUUGAUUCUAAGAUAGUAGAGAUAGUUGUUAAAAGUAGAAACGAUGCCUGUGAAAACGACAUCGUAUAGAGAUCGAACGCAUGAGUUUGAGAGUUUAGUGGAGAAGCUCAAGAAGCCAUCCUCAUUAUCACCGGCCUCCACUGCACCGAGUAGCAGUACGGGCGGUGGCUUCGAUGGCAACCCCACAUCCGCACCUCAGGAGACGACGCGAUCCGCUGCUCCGAUUCAGUCGGAGUUCAACAAGAGGGCAUCCAGAGUCGCGUUGGGGAUCCAUCAGACCUCGCAAAAGCUAUCUAAGCUUGCCAAAUUGGCAAAGAAAACAUCAGUUUUUGAUGAUCCAACAUUGGAGAUCCAAGAGUUGACUACUGUAAUCAAGCAGGACAUCACUGCACUAAACUCAGCUGUAGUAGACCUUCAGCUCCUAUCCAACUCCCAAAAUGAGGGAAAUUUGUCUAGUGACAGCUCUGCUCAUUCAACCACUGUUGUUGACAACUUGAAGAAUAGCUUGAUGACCACUACAAAGGAGUUCAAAGAAGUCCUUACCUUGCGAACCGAGAAUAUGAAGGUGCAUGAAAACCGGAGGCAGUUAUUUUCUUCAUCUGCUUCAAAAGAGUCUUCUAAUCCAUUCAUUCGCCAACGCCCAUUAGCUACCAGGGCAGCUGCUAGUGCCGCAAUAUCUCCCCCUCCGUGGGCCAGUGAGCCCAGUACUUCAUCCCAGUUAUUCCCAAGGAACCAGGCAGAAGGUGAAUCACAUUCAUUGCUUCAACAACAACAAAGUCAACAGCAGUUGGCUCCAUUGCAGGACAAUUUCAUUCAAAGCAGAGCCACUGCCCUUCAAAAUGUUGAGUCAACAAUUCAUGAGUUGGGCAAUAUCUUCACCCAAUUAGCAACAAUGGUUUCUCAGCAGGGUGAACUUGCAAUCAGAAUUGACGAAAACAUGGAAGAUACCCUUGCAAGUGUGGAAGGUGCACAGAGCCAAUUGAUGAGGUACUUCAACAGUAUCUCCUCAAACCGAUGGCUGAUGAUCAAGAUAUUCUUCAUAGUGAUUCUCUUCCUCAUGAUUUUCUUAUUCUUUGUUGCUUAAGAUUACGACUCAAUCUUAUAUGAUACAAAGGAAAGCUGUUAUACUUCUGUUACUGCAAUUCUUUAGCCAGCUAUGUGCUCCCCUCUUCUCUAAUCUUGAAGGUCCAAAAGAAGAUGAUAUAUUGAUUCAAAAGAGACGGAAAAGGAUUGAACGGUUAUGCGUAUGGAGCAAUUUCGUUAUGUCUGUGCGACUCCUUGCAAUCCAAACUUUUGAGGCAUGCUGGCUCUAAAACUAUUUGAGGUCCUAGGCCUUACAUUUCUGUGUAGCUUGGCUUGUGCCAACUGAAGUAGUGUAAUUUUCAUCCUUAGUCUGUUUCUUUUAAGCUUGUCAUUCUGUUUGGAGCUUAGAGAACAUUCACGUACUUGGUUCUCGCAGAAAUUAUAUGUUUUCAAUUGCUUAUUACCUAAAUUUCACUGGGGAAUUA